AUGCCAGCGUUUCUAUCUAACCCGUGCUGUCUUCCAGGUAGCAUCUCGUUCACCUCCGCUGUCCUUUUCGGUUACGACACCAUAGUCAAUGGUGCUUCUAUCUCAAUGCCAGCUUUUAUUCUAUACUUUGGCGAAAAAAAUGCAUCCGGGGCAUACCUGCCAUCUCUUUGGACUGCGCUCUGGACGGCCAUGUCUUCCCUUGCGCAAGCUCUUGCUGCCACGGGAACUGGGUUUUUGGCCGAUCGAAUAGGCCGCAAAUGGUCCGGUUGCCUCGCAGGAAUUAUAUCACUAGCAGGCGCUUCCGUGCAAUACACAGCUGAAACGCGCAGUGCUCUGUUGGGUGGAAAAAUUGUCUCAGGGCUGGGGAUUGGCAUGGCCAUGGCUGCCGGCACAACCUAUGCCUCUGAGUUGGUUUCGCCGAGACUCGUCCCACCCGUUCAACAGGCUUUGGUGAUCUUUAUCCUCAUUAUGCAGGCUGUAGCCAUGGGCGUGAUUCGUAUUUUUGUACCUGAUGUUUCAGAGCAUGCGUUUCGCACGGUCUUUGCAAUUCAAUGGGGGUGGGAGGGCUUGUCGCACUUGCUUAUGCUUUGGCCCCCGAAGCGCUAUAACCAUCUCGUCAAAACCAUCGAAGAAGAAAGCGCCCAGAGGGAGACAAACAAAGCCGGAUACAUUGAAUGUUUCCAAGGAACGAAUUUGAAAAGAACAUUAACUAUGAUGUUUCUUUUCGGUAUUGUGAAUCUUGGCGGCGCCCCGUUCCUGUCGCAGUCCAUUUACUUCUUGAUAUCUGUGGGCUUGCCUUCCAUCCACGUAUUUGAUAUUUCAGUCGGGGGAUUUGCGCUCGCAAUCGUCAUCAUCAUUGCCAGUGGAGCCCUGUUGAAGAAUGUGCGGCGCCAUCGUAUACUCUUUUGGGGCACAGUCAUCAACUUCUUGUUCAAUAUUGUGAUAGGAGCUUUGUAUUAUGGACACGGAGAUGGCCCAAAAUGGGCUAUUGCGAUUUUGAUGAACCUCUUAAUCUCUCUACAGGCGAGUUUUAUGCAAGCUACUGGCUGGUCAAUUGCGGCAGAGAUUUCUAGCUAUCGGCUUCGUGCCAAGUCAAUGUCCCUGGGAAUGAUGUCGCAGACAUUCACUACAUGGCUCUUCACAUUUGUUGUGCCAUAUAUGUACAAUGUGGAUUCGGGUAAUCUUGGGGCGCGAACUGGAUUUAUUUUCGCUGGGAUUACGGUAUUGCUUCUCUGGGGCGUUUAUGCCCUUGUUCCAGACACCACAGGUCUCUCGACCGAGGAUCUGGAUAAUUUCUACGAGGCAAAGGUGCCGGCCCGCAAAUUUGCAAGCCAUAAAAUGGCAUUAAAUUCCUGA